AAAGGGCUUCUCAAGCAUGCAUACUCGUUUUUUGCAUCAUUUACUCCGACUUUGUGAUUCCCAUGCAUGAUAGAUAAAUGCAGUUACUGAUGUGAUUCCCAUGCAUGUGUGAGAGAGAGAAAUGCACUGUAAACAAUUGUUUAGUUGUUGAUAUGUUGGCAGGAAAUAUGUGAAUCAAUAACCAAAGAAGUCAACAAAGGGUUGUGAUUGUGGAAUGGCGCAAAAGAGAGAGCAACUUUACACUUUCGGUAGGCAACAAAGCAUAACAAAUUAGGUCAAUUAUUCGGCCUUGCAUUGGGAUUGGGAUCGGACCAAUAAUCAUUUGUCAAUAUGUUAUGCUUGCGGAAAGUAUUAAUUCAAAUCGAUGAUUGCUUCAAUUUGAUCGGUCCCGCCGUAGCGCCGCUCUUGUUUUAUUUUAUACUUAAUACAUCUUAAAAACCAUAUCUUAUCUCCUUCAGAAUACAAUAAUGCCCAUAUUUGAUAUGUAGAAUGACUAAUAUUUAUAUUUAUUUCCCUAAUAAAAUGUUUCACAAGCAUAAUACAGCUGGAAGCAAUCGAAAGAAAAUACUAUAAAUCAAAUUCAUGAUAUCAAGCAGAUAAUCUUUGGAAUCAUAAUUAAUAAUGCGAAUUAAUGGUUCACUCGCGUUGUCCUUUUGAAUGCGAUAAGUUGUUCAAAUAAUAGUUUUUAAAUUUUUAAUCUGAGUUGUGCACUUAAUAGUGUAUUGCUCUUGAAAGUAGAAUGCCAAGGCCAUGCAUGGCGGAUUUAACUGUUACAUGAGGUCGGAAGUCAGUACAGAUAUCAGAGUAAUUUGUGUACAUUUUGCAUAUAGCAAACUUUUGAAAUUCUUAAUUAGGUUGUUCAUUGCUUCAUAUCAUAUAAUAUUAAGUUAAAUGAGAGAAUUAUAUCAUUUUACAUUUUACUUGUUUGGUUGAGGAAAGAAAAUAAGGAAUAGAGGAAAAAAAUAGCGAGGCUCAAUUUUCUUUACUCGUCAUGAGAAAAAAAAAAAUAAAGAGAAAAAAUUUGUUUGAAUAAAAAAAUUGCUCAGUUAUACGUACUCAUCAUCAAAUUAAAAGAACAGAAAAGUCAUUUAAUGCAAAUGCAAUUUUUUCCAUUUAGUUUUCUUUCCAACUGGAUAAAAGAAAUGAAUAUUCAUAAUUUCUCUCUUUCUUAUUCCUCUUUUCCCAAAUAAUUAGAAAGAAAAGCAUUUUUUUCGUUAUUUUCUUUUCCCUUUUCUCUCAUUUUCUCCCUGUAUGCUGACAAAGCACUAAUCAGAAUAGAAAGGCACAAUCAUAGUAAACCAACUCAGGGACCAGGGAUAAAACUAAAAAAUUAUGGCCCUUUCUUUUCCUUUUUAUUUUUUCCGUGCGUAUUCAAUUGGUUUUUAAAAGUAGUUUUCUCUAUUGUAACUUUUUGAGUGCGUUUUUAUUUUAGAAAAAAAAAAGAAUUGUAAAAGUGAAAUAACCAUCCAAACAUGCCCUUUAAGAUAUCAAACCAUUCAAUUCAAUAUAUCAAACAACGGAUAUUAUCAUAUGAUGAAAUGAAUUAUUGGAGGAUUAAUUUAUCAAUGAACUGUUGAGAAAUUAAGCCACGUACACUUAUCGUACAAAGCAAAAUGAAAGACAACAUAAAUAUAGAGGGAAGUCUAAUGCAGCGUUGCACCCGUCUCUCAUUAUCUAUGGCAUUUGCUGGGCUUUAACGAGCAUAUGUCCCCAUUAAUAAUUACGAUUAUAAUAUAUUGAAGAUCUGUGUUUUCACCUUAUUCCUCCCAAUCUUUUUGAGCAUCUUAUAUAUACACCAUUCAUCAUUCUCACUCUCAUUAGUCAUCACACACACACACUCUUUCUCUCCCUUUUCCUUUGCAAUUUGCUUCUAGAAAAAAGAGAAGCAUAAUGGGUGCACUUGAUUACCUCUCCAACUUUUGCACUGUAACCAGCACUAGGACCAAGCGCAAACCAAUGCAGACUGUUGAGAUCAAAGUCAGAAUGGACUGCGAUGGUUGCGAGCGAAGAGUCAGAAAUGCAGUGACUUCCUUAAAAGGAGUGAAAUCAGUGGAGGUGAACAGAAAGCAAAGCAAGGUGAUAGUAAGCGGCUAUGUGGAUCCAAACAAGGUGUUGAAGAGGAUAAGGAGCACAGGGAAAACAAGAGCUCAAUUUUGGCCAUACGUUGAACAGCAUUUGGUGUACUAUCCAUAUGCCCCAGGAGCCUAUGACAGAAGAGCACCCUCAGGAUAUGUUAGAAACGUUGUUCAGGCUUUUCCUGCCUCAUCCUCAUCCAAUGCUCCUUCCGAAGAGAACUUUGUUUCCCUUUUUAGCGACGACAACGUCAAUGCAUGUUCCAUCAUGUAA